UUAAAUAAAUAACCUUAAGUACCAAUGAUGAAAAAGUUUUCAUUCUGUGCAAUAUGAGAGCAUUUUUUUCUUGAAUGCCUGCUUAUAUACUUUCAUAAAUUAGGUAUUAGUAAAAUGGGCGAUAAAAUUAACCUAAUUGCGAUCGUUUUGUUCUUGUGCAUUAGUUGGGUAAGUUUGUUACACUGCUAUUACCGGCUACUCGUUACAUAUGCACGGCUUAAUGCGAUAAUUGAUUAAUAAAUAACAUUAUGUAGGUAGGUAAGUAUUUGCGAAUUUUUUUAAGCUAAAGUCUUAACUUCACAUAAGUAAUGUUUAAACAGUCGGUGUGAGUAGAGUGCUAUGAAUUUCGUUCAUUUUUUGAUAAUUUUCGAUAACUCAUUUUGUAGAAUACCGCCUUCCCCUUGAAAAAUGAAUUGAGACGGGCAUCACAAAAUAGAUCAGGGCCAUCCAUACUAUAAUGAUUCCUUUUUGAAUUAAUUUUUCUAUAAAAUGAUUCUUCUUUUUAAAACCAUGCAUUAUAGAAAUUUAUAUAAGCUUUUAUAUAUUUUUUGAGAAUUGGUUUUCGACCAGAUAUCGCCUAGCAUGCCUAUAUCUACACGAUACCUAUCGAUUCAAAAGCAGUCUCGAUUUGACCUUUUUUGGAGCCUCCGGCGAGUUUUUAAAUUUCUCUAAAAAAUUCAAAUUGCCCUGGACCGAUUAGUGGAUAGAAAUACUUUGGAUACAACUGCAGGGUAGACUAAAAAAAAAUGUUAUUUGAAGGUGUUGUCUAGCUUCAAAAAUGAGAGGACAAAAUCCGUUUUCAAAAUUCAAGCGUCAAGAGCCAUAAUCCAAUUUUGACCAAGAGGGUCGAUAGUACCUACCUACUUCAAAUAAAUGGACAAAAUUACCUAUUGUGAGUUUAUGACUUUCUGCUUUAUUUGAAAAUUGAACGAAGUGUGAAUUAAUUUUAAUUUUUUUUCAGAUUAUCGCAACGAUAAAAAUCAUUACAGAGAUGAAUAGUCCGUUGAAAAAAACAAUUUUGUUUUGAUCAAUUUCAUUUCUUACUCUACGAUUUAGAAAGUUGUUAUGGGAAUAAAAAAGUUGUAAAGAGCCUUUCAGGUUAUAAGAUAGUGAAAUUCGCACUUUUUGCUCUCACUCCGCUCUGGGCCUGCUUGCUUUGCAUUUUCAAAUUUGACAUUUUUCAACAACAGCUUCAUUCAAGUUCUAAAAUUUUGAGCUAAAAAAGUGAACAAAUUUUCAAAAAAGAUCGUUUUUUUUACCUCUCGAAAUACGAAUUAUUAAAAGCUUUUGCCUUCACUUUACUCGAGUCAAUUUCUAUCUCUUCUCUAAACCAAAAAAAUCCAUUUUUGAAUCUUCCAUGAAUUCAAAAGGGAAAAUAUGAAUUUUUCAUAAGCCCAAAGGCGAAUUAUGUCAAUUGACGAAAUUGUCGUUUCAUCUUUUGUUUCUGUUUGAAAACCUGUCAUUUUGGAUUUUAUUCGGUAAAAUUGGUAUUUUUUUCUUAUUGUAAAUUUUUUGUCCGCCCCCCCCCCCAAGAAAAAAUCUCAUAUUUUUGCUAUUAAUAAAUACCUAUUGAAUAGAAAGACAAGAACAAAAAUAAAUCGCACAACACACAUUCAAGUUUCCAAACCUGGGGUAAAAAAAAAACAGAACGAGAAAGAUUCUUGAGUGGGAAGAGAAAAAUGUUUGGGGCCUCCCAUUCGGUGCAUCCGCCAGGGGCCCCAAACCGACCCAGUCCAUCACUGUAAUCCACAUUGUUACGCUCAGUUUGGGAGGGAGGGGGGUAGUAGUUUAAGGUUAAAAACUGGUGCUACACGCGUAAAAAAUUGGGACUUUUUUUUACUCAAUAAAUUCAGAUGGUGCUACACACGGGAGAAUUCCAAGCUACCACCACUGUCCGUUAUACAGGGUGGACAGAAAAAUAUCGUGAACCCCAGAGAAAGUGUUUCAUUAAAAAAAUAGGUUGGCGACGUGAAAUAGAUUUAGUGGAAAGUUAUCAUUUCAGUCCAACAACCAAUCAUAUGCUAUCAUUAUUAUCAUAUUCACUGUGACAAACAAAUAUUUAGCAGAAAACUUUUUUAGGGGUUCAUGAUAUUUCUGUCCACCUUGUACAUUUAUAUGUAUGUAGUAAGUAGGUACUAACUUAGAUAGUAAAAGUAUUCGUUUUUCAGCCUGUGUUUUUCAUUUUAUCCAGAUUUACUGCAAUGAUUUGGAGUACAAAACUUUUCGUUGUCGUAAUGGAACGUAUAUCAGUGACCAUUUGGUCUGUGAUAACAAAACAGAUUGUAUCAACGACGGAAAUGAUGAGCAUUCUUCACUGUGUGCACACUACACGGUUCGUUGUGGCCCAGGAAAGUUGAGCUGUACUUUUAACAAAUGCAUAAAUGUUACUGCUCGAUGCAAUACGAGACCAGAAUGCGAUGAUGCGAUAGAUGAAGAAAACUGCGGUGAUGAAGUUGACACCUACGACUGUGAAUUACGUAAUGGAAAAUAUUUAUGCCAGGAUGGAUUAAGAUGCUUGGAUUUUAGUCACACUUGCGAUGGUGUUUGUAAUUGUUUUGAUUGCUCCGAUGAAAAAAGCGGAUGCUCACAUGGCAAGUUCGAGUACCUAAGUACUUGUAUUACAAUUACUUAUCUAUUGUUUGUACCUUAAACCUUAUCCUGGUUCAUAUUUCGUCCUUACGGAGGAAAAUCUGAUUAUACAGAUGGAUACGCAGACUUAAUCUCAAUGGAGGCUUCUCAUCAGGCUUGUUUCAACACUCCCAAAGGACCUAUUUGUUGUUCAGAAUUUGAUUCCACGUGUCAAGAAUGUGACUCGAACGAAAUUUGUGCCCACAAAUGCGUUCAAUUAGGAAAUAAAACUGGAUGCAUCUGUGAUGAAAAUUAUGUAGGAGUUCCUGGUACCAAGAAUGCCGAAUGUUUUCCAAGCAAUAACGCUGCAAAGGAGAAGCUGUUGGUGUUCUUGUCAGAUAACCACAUUCAAGCAUUAAAUCUUUUUACCAAUACGAAUUUCACGGUUAAAAAUUACCCCGACAAUUUUGGUUUUUGGGCAACUGCGCUUACUGCAUUUCAAGAUCAUGUUUAUCAUGUACACAGCUACCCGGAUGCUCCUCCCGGUAAAGAGAAUCAAACUAUUACUAUUAAAGAUGCAGUUCCGUAUACGUCCGUAUUCAAAACGUCCAUUACCAAGAACGAAACUCACGAAAUCAUGAAAGUCGGAACUGAAGAAAUUUCUACAAAAAUCAAUUCACUUGCUGUCGAUUGGAUCACUCAUAAUAUAUAUUUCGCCACGUACAACUUCAUAUUAGUUUGUUCGAAUGACUGUCGUAUAUGUGAGCAGAUGAAAUCUGGCGGAGCGCAAUUCAUCAAUCUGGCCUCUCGACUUGGAUUAAUGUUCUGGGUUUCGGAUGAUCGUUCGAAACUAAUGAAGUCUUCAAUGGAUGGAUCAGAUCAGAUUUCAAUAUUUAAUUUCAGUCCUACUUUAUUGAAAACAAACUAUCUUAAACUAGAUAUGAUGACAGUUGAUGAGCUGACUGAAAGAAUAUACUGGCGUACGCAUUAUGAUGAUAAUAUUAUACAUUCUGUAAAUUUUAACGGAGGAAAGAAAGAGGUUAGGCCACUGAAGUUCAAACUAUAUUACUGGGAAUCAGAAUUUACUCAUGGUUCAGAUUACUUGUAUUGGGACAUGGGCAUUUAUUAUGAAGAAGAAUUUUUUUUCAUUGUGCCGGACCCGGAUGGAACUUUUGAUAGAAGAAUCUGCAGUAUAGAAAAUAGAACUAAUACUCUUGCGGCGCGGUUUCCGGUUCCAAAAAAAUACGGGGAAAAUUACAAAUUUAGGAAAGGUAGCGAAUACAGGCCAAAAAUGUUAUACGUGUAUAAUCCCCACCUUCAAUUUACAAAAAUUCGGAAUCCUUGUCCAGCAUCUUGCGCUGGAUUAUGCUUAACUCGUCCGUCUUUGAGUAAAGGUUUGUUGAACUACACGUGCUUGAAUGAGACUACAUUUAUGAGACCAACUAAGAUCUACAAUACGGGUUCCAACAUCAGAACAGAAACGUUGAAAAUUUCGAGUAUCGUUGUCAUGUGCGGGUUUCUACUCCGGCGUUAUCUCAAUAAUUACAAUUCUGAUAUGUUUUAAAAUCAUCUGACCGAUUACUUUAUCGAAACUGACAAUUUGAUUAAAGGUCUGCUGCUUCAAGAAUUUCACCUCUUUAGGUACAUACCACCUAAUAUUCCUGAAUACAAAAAAUUUACUCAUCUCUGUCUGAACAACUCUCCCUUAUGACAACUACUUCCAGUUCCAGAGGAACUGAACCGCUCGAAUUAAUUGAAACUAAAUAUGUACUUGGAAUUGACAGGACAAGACUAUUUAAAAGAGCACCCCUCGACCAAAAAAUUUUAUGGUCACAGUCAUUUGAGAUUAUAUUCACAUUUAUUAGUGUCGAAAAAUUGUCUCAUAUUUAGCCAAAAAACAGCAUUUCUCUUUACUUAUUCAACAUUUUCAUUCUCAUGGUUUGAAUUCUUUAUUCAAAAAUAUUUUUUUAAAAAAUUAAUAAGUACCUAAGUACUCAUUUUCUAGUAAUUUUCCCAACUGUACCUACUUAUCUUACCUAGGUCUUUAAUAUUAGCUUUUUUAUGUACUUAUUGUAUAAUUUUCUUUUUAAUUUGUAGGUAACAAUAAGAAUAUUAAUCCUUAAUUGAUAAUUGAAUAAAUUUUGAAAUUUUUCCAAUACCUAAAGUAA